AUGCUUGUUAAUUCAUGCAGGGCGGCUGGUCCCUUGUCUCACCAACAUGCUGCUCAUCCUGAGGUCCACCCCAUUCCCACAAGUGCUCAGCCCAUUCCCCCCUCUUUUUCACAGUAUCCUCCCCUUCUUCCUUUGCAGUAUCUUCCCCCCCUCCUUUGCAGUAUCCUCCCCCCCCUCCAUUGCAGUACCCUCCCCCCUUUGCAGUAUCCUCCCAAUCUUCCCCAGCCUGGUGCUAGGGGUGGUCCAAUUGACAAUCCUGAUGGUGAUAUGGAGGAUGACCCUCAUGCUGAUGAUGAUUACAAUAAUGAUGGCCCUUUUGGCACUCCUCUAGGAAAUGCAUUGGAUACCUUGGAUAGGGAUUUUGAGAUGUGUGGUGAUGAUGAUGAUGAUGGGCUGGAGGUUAACUCCUCCUGGUGUUGUGUCAUCAGCCUUGACAGUCCCCCCAAGGUAGUGGGCCAUAAGCGACAGUAUGCAGCUUCUCCAUCUCCACCUUGUGCCAGCACAAAUUCGUUCAUUCUCCCAUGCAAGGCACAGACGCCUAUGUACCACAGCUGUGAGGCAUUUGGUUCUGCCUCGCCUGGCAGCCAUGCACCACUCAAACUUCCUCUGUCAUUGGGAAUAUUGUGCAGCCACUCCUCCCCAUCAUCCACAACAUCUUCAUUGGCCUAUAUUUCAUCUGAUUAUUGGAUUUUGCCAACGGCAUCACAAAUGUCUCUUUCUGCAAAGCCACAGAGCUCUGUGAGCUUGAAGAAGAAGAGGACUUCAGUGGUGGACAUGGAGGGUCAGAUCAGCAUGCUCAAUGAUGAGAUUAAGAGCAUGCACAGUGACAUGUCUGAGCGCCGGGAAUUGAGGAAUGAGCACUAUGCCCUGAAGAUGAACUACUAA